GGACCAUACAAAAACACCAUCUCCAUCUUUAUAAGAGGAAAACAAAGGUGAAAUGUGUCCAAGUUGAAGAAAGAAUGGGCAAUGAAUUUGUUUCCUGCAGCUUCCUCCUCUUGCUUUUUGCGACGCUUGCUCCUGGUGUAGUCACAAAUGGAGUUGAUGUCCUACGACUCCCCAGCAUGGGUCAUUCAUCGUCCCACAUCGGCCACUCGAGCUCGCCCUCGAGCGCCGAUGCCAUCAAGGACCCUACGGCCAAGGUGUUCGCCCUCAUAAAAGAUCUCGUCAUUGGGAACCGUAUGGCCGUCUCUUUUCCCUACAAGGAACCGUCUUCUGUGAACUUCUAUCCGAAAGAAAUAACGGAAGGCAUCCCUUUCUCGUCCGAGGCGGUCCCGGAGCUUCUCCAAUACUUCUCGUUCGCCCCGGACUCGAAGCAAGCCCUGGGGAUGAGACAGACGCUCGCGCUCUGCGAGAAGGAACCGAAAGAAGGCGAGAUCCGCGGGUGCGUUACGUCCGAGGAAUCGCUCGUUCAUUUCGCUCGUCGUAUCUUAGGACGGGACGUGCGAGUUGAGAUCCUGAGAUCGUCUCUAGUUUCAAAGACAACUCCCAUUGUCCAAAACUACACGAUACUAGGUUUCAAAGAGAUAGCGACCGGGAACAUCGUACCGUGUCAUAACCAGCCGUAUCCUUAUCCGGUGUACCAUUGUCAUUACCAACUCGGCAUCGAUAACAAAGUGUUCGAGGUCUUACUCCGAGGCGACAACGGCGAGAUGGUCAACUCGGUGUUUUUCUGUCACAUGGAUACCUCUAAAUUGACCGACGACCACGUCGCAUUCCGUCUUCUCGGGGUCAAGCCGGGGGAGUCCGAAGUUUGCCACUUCUUCACGGCGUACGAUCUAGCUACGGUUCCUAUCCCCAAGUAAAAAGAAGGGGGCUUCCGUUUCAUGAAUGCAUGUACUAUGGAAUAAAAUGAAUAAUAAAAAUGUACUGCUUAAUUAAAGACUAAUUAGGUGGGUAAAUGAAUCAAGUAUUAAUUAA